AAUGCAAACAACAAACAUUCAGAAAGAAAGGGAAAUUUGGGAUUUGGGAAGGAGGUCCAGAAAUGGACCUGUCAACCUCCUUCUCAAAUCUCAUUUUCUCUCAAUUUGGGUACAACGGCGAUGAAUUUGGUCGUCACUUUCUCGCUCGGAGUCGAAAUUUGGAACUUCUACGUUACGCCGUUGGAAUAAUUGGGAACGUCGUUUCUAUACUGCUCUAUGCGGCACCCAUAAUCACAUUUAGAAGGGUGAUUGAGAAGAAAUCCAUAUGUAUGUGCGUUGUUGAAUUGUAUAAUUUACACAUGGUAUGGUUCUCCGCUGAUAAGUCGAGGCUGGGAAAAUCUUCCGUUGGUUACAAUUAAUGGGGUCGGAAUUGCGUUGGAAAUAUCCUUCAUUUCUAUAUAUUUUUGGGAAAAUCAUUCUUUUUCUUUUUAUGUGAAGUUCUUUUCUGGCAAUUAAUGGAUGCUGAUAUUUAUAGUAAAGACAAAUCAACAAGGUUAAUGAUUUUGGCAGAAAUUGGUAACAUUAAUAAUGUCACCAUUGAUGUCCGCAAUGCUUGUGGUGAUAUGUUGUUUAACAUUCGAGGUGGAAGAUCGACUAGUCCGUAAAGCCAUAGUUGGGAGCAUAGGUUUAGUAGUUUCCAUUGCAAUGUACGGAUCUCCUCUGGUAGCUGUGGAACGAGUUCUUCGAACAAAGAGUGUCGAGUACAUGCCGUUCAAUUUAUCCCUCUUCUCAUUCCUCACUUGUUUGUCUUGGUUGUCUCCAAAUUUCUUAGGAGUUCCAUUGGGAAUCCUCCAGCUUGUAGUAUAUUUUAUAUACAGAGGAGAAACAGAAAUAGUUGAAAAACCGAUCAAGAUAUAUGAUAUAGAGAACGGAAGCUCAUUUUUCCUUACUACACCUCUAAUUGUAGAAAUACUCGACAAGGAUGACAACAACAAUGAUGAUGGUAUCAACGAUAUAUGAAUAAGAGAAGUUACAAGUUCUUGAAACACUAGUACUGGUAGUAAUGGUAUCAUUUGCCGUUAAAAGUUGGAAAUACUUCUCCUUUUUCUAUACAUUUUUUUUUCGUAGUGUUGUCUGAAUUACUUUUUGUUUGGUUUACAAAAUGUCGAUGUAAUGGAACUCCGAAACUAGUUUUGUAUUCCUCUGAUUCGUGUCGACCAUCAUAUUUUUUGCUAUAGAGUGGUCAUUGGUUGUAAAGGCUCACCUAUAAAGGAAGGAGGUACUGGUUGGAGAUUUUCUUAACAACACCAAAACUGAGUUCACAUUUUUUUCCGUUUGGACUUUUUUUUAGUUUUACUAGUAAGACCACAUGUUGAAUUUGAUUCUUUUAACAACAUCAAAACUGAUAAUAAUUUUUUUUU